AUGAGUACACAAGGGACGUCCUCUAGCACGUCCUCUAGCACGUCCUCUAGCACGUCCUCUAGCACGUCCUCUAGCCUUUCCUCUAGCCUGUCCUCUAGCCCGUCCUCUAGCCCGUCCUCUAGCACGUCCUCUAGCACGUCCUCUAGCACGUCCUCUAGCACGUCCUCUAGCACGUCCUCUAGCCUUUCCUCUAGCCUGUCCUCUAGCACGUCCUCUAGCACCACGUCCUCUAGCACAUCCUCUAGCCCGUCCUCUAGCACGUCCUCUAGCCUGUCCUCUAGAACGUCCUCAAGCACGUCCUCUAGCACGUCCUCUAGCCUGUCCUCAAGCACGUCCUCAAGCACGUCCUCUAGCCCGUCCUCUAGGACGUCCUCUAGCACGUCCUCUAGCCCGUCCUCUAGCCCGUCCUCUAGACAUCCUCUAGAACGUCCUCAAUCCUCAAGCACGUCCUCUAGCACGUCCUCUAGCCUGUCCUCUAGCCUG